AUGGCGCUGUCGUUCUUCCGAGGGUUCUUCAAGGGAGGGCUGGUGGAGGAGGACUUAGACGCGUGCUACCCUGUGCGCCAGGACGUGCAGGUCGGCACCGUCAGCAAGUUUCGACCGCGGGCGAGCAAGCGGCUAUCAGAGGACAAGUGGAACGACAUGUUUGACGCGGAGGGGCGCAUGGUCAACCUCGAGGCUGCCCUCCGCCUCAUACAACAAGGGGGCUGUGAGCCAGGUAUCCGCCCGGAGGUGUGGGAGUACCUGCUGGGGCUGGUCAGCCCUGCAGCCACGAGUGGCGAGUGUGGCGAGCUGAGGAGCAUGCGCAGGGAGGCGUAUGCUGCGAUGCUCAAGGAGUGCCAGCUCGUGGACCCGGUUAUUGGGAGCGGAUUCGUGGUCGAUUUUCCCAGAGUGCAGGACGAUGGCUCCGAGGCCGAUCUCCCAGACUCCUAUGCCGGCCCGCUGCGUCUGGUGCCACCCAUCCCGCCCCUGGAAGCAACGUGGGAGGAGACCGGGGCGCAGUUGGGGGUGCUGGAGGAGGGGGAGGAGGAGGAGGAGGACGGGGAGGGGGAGGGGGACGAAGUGGAGGGAGGUACAACUAACAGUGGUGGCGGUGGUCGUGGUGGUGGCAGUGGCAGUGGCGGUGGUGGCAGCAAGAGGAGGGGGCAGAGGGCGAGUGAGACGGCAGUGGACGAGGCGAUGAGGACGUGGGCGGCGGAGAGGGCAGAGGUGGUGGCACGUGUGGGGCUCGACCGAAUCCACAAGUGGCGGCAAGGGCUCUACCAAAUAGGAGUAGAUGUGACCCGCGCCGACCGUUCCUUACUCUUCUUUGAGAGCAGCCGCAGCCGAGCGCGCCUGAUGAACGUGCUGGCGGUGUACGCGUGGUUUGACCCCGAGGUGGGGUACUGCCAGGGCAUGAGUGACCUCAUGUCCCCCAUGGUGGUCCUGUAUCCAGAUGACGCGGACGCCUUCUGGGCAUUCGAAAGGCUCAUGCGGAGAGUGAGGGAGGACUUUAUGAACACGGACACGGGCCUGGGCAUUCAGAGGGAGAUCAGCCGCCUCUCCCACAUGGUUUACACUCUCGACCCCGAGCUGCACGCACAUUUGGACGAGAUAGGAGCAGGCACCAUGUUCUUCACGGUGCGCACAGUCAUGGCCAUGUUCCGCCGCGAGCUCUCCUUUGCAGACGCUCUCUACCUCUGGGAGAUGAUGUGGGCGUGGGACUAUGACGCGUGCAGUGCGGCCCUCCUCCCUCUGGCGGAUCAAGCCAUCUUCCAUACGGCCCGCCACCUGCCGCACCUCACCAUGGACCGAUCUGCUUACAUUGCUGCCACCGCCGCUGCCGUCCGGGCAGCCGCUUCCGUCCUACUCGACGCAGAUCUCUUCACGGCUAUAGCUGUCGAUAUCGCCAAUGCCACCCGCGUGCCCCUCUCUGCUGUUCCCAGCACUGGUGCUUCCAGUGCUGGCGGCGCUGGGAGCAUUAGCAACAGCAGCAGCAGCGGCAGUGGUGGUGGUGGUGGUGGUGGUGGGUCGCUUUCGACGUAUGCGUCUGGCUCGGUGGGUACUGCGAGCAGCAUUGCCGGCAGCGGCGGCACGUCGGCGUUCGCAGCGGCGCACGAGGAUGCGGAUCGAGGCUCAGUGGACCUCUUUUCCUCCCCUCAGAGGUUGGAGAUUGCACUUAUGGCUGCGGAGCUGGCUGUUACUCAGGCUGCCGUGCAUGCUGUGCCUGAUACCCCUGCUUCUGGGGCUCUUAUGGGGAGAAUAGGGGGUGUUGGGGUGGGUGGGAGGGAGUUUGUGGUUCCUGAGGAGUGGGAGGAUGGAGGAGGGGUGGAGGAGGGAGAGGAGGGGUGGGAAGGGGAGGAGGAGGAUGAGGAGGCAUAUGGGGAGAGUGAGAGUGAAGAGGAGGAAGAGGAGGAUGAGGAGGACGAGGAGGGGGAGGGAAGUAGGAGGGUAGAAGUGGGAGGGGAAGGAGGGGUUGGAGAGGCAGCAGUUGGAGGGGCAGAUGGAGGGGUGGGCAUGGUAGCAGCGGAAGGGGCAGGCACAGGCACAGCAGGGGGAGCGGCGGGAGUCAGUUGGAGUGCAAGUGGUGGUAGUGAGCCGUCCUUCUUUGGCCGCAUGCGGUCCCUCUGGGGCAAGAAGGAUGACGCUGCUGCUCCUGCUGCUCCUGCUGCUCCUGCUGCUCCUGCUGCUCCUUCUCCUGCUACUGCUCCCUUCUUGUGGGGUAAAAAGGACAACCCUUCCCUUCCUCCCGCUCCUGCUGCUGCUGCUGCUCCUCUUCCUCCUGCUCCUCCUCCUCCUCCUCCUGCUGCUGCUGCUGCAGCUAGUUCUGCCGGUGUGGGCGAGGAGAGAGUGGGGAGGCGAGUGCAUCAAAGCCGGCACAGCAGCAGCAACGCAGAAGACACAGUGUUGGAUCUCUCUGCUGUGUCGUCCCGAGUGUCCUUUGAUCCGUCUAAGGACCUUCCUCCUGAUGAGCGGCUGCCGACUAGCCAGCAGCUGGAGGCUCGGAGGAGGGCGGCGUUGAGAGGGGGUGUGGGGAGCUGUGUGGAGCGGGGGCAGGGCGAGGGGAGGGGCCGGAUCCCCUCCUCGUCCUCCUUCCACUCGCGCCUGCACCGCCGGCAAAACAGCUCUCAGAAGCAGAAGGCAGCAGCGGUGGCCGUGCAGCGGCAGCAGCAGCGGCAGAAGCAGCAGCAGCUGGAGCAGCAGCUGCAGCAGGUGAAGCAGAAGCACGGGUUUCUGAGGAGGUAUCAGAGCAUGCAUCCGGGGCUGAUGCUGCUGCGCCCGCUGCACCUGCCACUCGUGUGGAAGCAGGAACAGCAGUUGGCUGAGCUGAAAAGCCACAGGAGCAUGAGAGAGCGGGAUAACCUUAGGUUCGCCGCCACCCUUGCUCUGCGCGAACCUUCCUCCCGGACCAGCCUCCGCAGGCACGGCAGCCUGGCGCUAGGCUCGGCACGGAGUGUUGGUGCUGGCUCGUCGAGGUCCCGCAGGGAGAAGCUGCGGAGGGGAGUGAGUUUCGGUUCAGAGCCGGACCUAGGCUCGGGAAGAGGCUCGGGUGGGGGGUUCGGAUCCCCGUCGGAGCAGCAAAGGAGAAGAAUCUCCGAGGUUCGGAGGGAAGAAAGGGAAGGAGGAGCGGAUGGGGAAGGCGAAGGAGCAUCCAUAGCAGCAGCAGCAGCAGCAGCAGCAGCAGCAGCAGCAGCAGCAGCAGCAGCAGCAGCAGCAGCAGCAGCAGCAGCAGCAGCAGCAGCAGCAGCAGCAGCAGCAGCAGCAGCAGCAGCAGCAGCAGCAGCAGCAGCAGCAGCAGCAGCAGCAGCAGCAGCAGCAGUAGCAGCUUCGGCGGCGGUGGGAGGAGUUGGGCAUAUGAAUGUGAGGCGGGUAAGGAGUGACGAGGAGCACUUGUCGCCUGGCACUUUCCCCCACAAGCCCUCCCGCUCUCUCCCUUCACCCUCCUCUGACGCUGCUCGCCUCGCCUCACCAGCUGAUUUGCCCGCUGCAGCGGCGAAGCUGAGGCAGGCCGGCAGCAGCAUGGGUGGUGCUGGUGCUGGUGGUGGUGCUGCUCGCACUAGCCAUUUUCCCCUAGGCCUGCCUCCCAUAUCUCCUCGGGUCAGCUCGGCAGGCUCGGGCACCGAGCCUGCAGGUUCGGGAUCUGGCAGCAUGUUCGGGCAUGGCUGGGGAGGCUCGACAAAGUCCCCUCGCUUCCUGCCGGCUGCUCCCACCAUGGCUGGUAGCACAGGAGGCACCAUAGAAGCACGCAGCACAGCAGGCAGCAUGGACGGCAAACCGAAACACGAGGCCAAAGCAAACCACGAAGCAGAACCGAAGCGCGAAUCGGCACCAGAACUGGGCAUUGGUGUGCAUCCGGGGCCCAUACAAGAAGACCAGGUCGAUCUCAUGCCAGAGGGAGCACUGGAGGAGCCAGACGCACUACAAGACGACUUACCAGAUGACUCACCGGGCAACCCACCAGACGUUCCAUUCCUCUUCCCACCCUCCAAGUCCCUCGCUAGAGCGUCCAAUGAAGGCAGAAGCCAGUCGAUGCUUGAGACUGGAGCCCAUAUGAGCAAAGACCAUCCUCGUCAUCACCCCCCUCACUUGUUCCCCCACUCGAGGUCUCUAUCUGGCGCCUCUCUCCCUUCUCCCACUAGCAUUUUCAAGCCCCCCCUCCGCCGGUUAAGCCUAAAGGUUCCCCCUGAAUUACACCUGAAUCUCAAGUCACCCCGGGCGGACCACCCUCCAAAAUCCCCGGGUUCUGUGGCCUUUGCCCUCCCUUUUGAGGUGACUCUUGGGCUGAAAUCCCCAGGUCCGUUCAGAAUUCCCCCUGAGUUGAGCUCUGGAAUGAAGUCCCCUCGGCCGUUUGUUCCUCCUGACCUGCUUAAAUCCCCGCUGGCACUUAAAUCCCCGUCUUCUAGAGACUUCCUGGCUAGGAUUUUCGACGACACGAACCGAGCGACAAUGCGGUCGAGUGCGGUGAAAGGGGGUGCCAAGGGAUGGCACAGCCUUCCGAGAGACGCAGGAGGGAUGCAAGGAGAGCGAGGGGAGGUGGAGGAGAAGGAAUGGGAGAGAAGGCACACAGACAAAGAGAGUGGACGGGGGAUGGAGUGGUUGGGGACGCCUCAAAGGAGCUUAAGCGGGGAACGGGAUAAAAGCAAACCAACGCAUUACAAAAGAGCUAGUGGCCAUGAAGGGAGGACGGGGUUUUGGGGGAUGAAGGAGGCAGGGGAGGCAAAGGGGGAGGAGGAGAUGGAGAAAGAGGCAGGAGGUGCAGCAGAGGAAAGGGGGAAGAGCACGAGGGGAGCAGGGAUUCCUGAUGAAGGGGUGGCUGUGAGUGGGGGAGAAGCGACAGUAGAAGGGCUGGCGACGGGUGAAGCAGCAGGUGAAGAGGAGAGGGGGAAGGGGGAUGGCAGAGCAGUGGCUGAAAGGGAGAGGGAGGGUGUGAAAGCGGGGCAAGAGGCCGAUAUGGAUGGGGACUGGCAUGGAUUUGGCAUAAUGCAGAGCCCUUCGCUGUCGGUGUCCUGUCCUGCUGCUGCUCCUGCUGCUGCUCCUGCUGCUACUUUGCCUGCUGCUGCGGCUGCGCCUGCUGCUCCCUCUCCUGCCGGGCCUGGUGCAGAGGACGAGUUCCUCUUCAAGCCUCUCUCUUCCUCCACAGCACCCAAACUCCAUCACCAAACCUGCCGCCGAGCCUCCGGCCUCCCCUACCGAGUCUAA